GAUGUUCUAAAUCGGCGCGAGUACACUGUACGUACAGUCGAUUUGCUCAAAAUAAAGGUGUAUAAUCCGGAUGUCAAAAAGGGAGGGCCUGACCAGUACGCCAUACAGUCAUCAUGUGAUACGAUAACAUCAGUGUUUUAUUUACACAAUACUCGAAGUGAUGGCACCGUCCGGUCUUCUGACAAAGAAUCUAGACAGGUCUCCCGUUCCUUUGCGAGGAGUGAAAGUAGUAGCAAACGUACGUGGUUACGCUGCGCAAGUCGAGAGCAGUUUCGAGUAUGAGAACGAGGAGACACACCCAAUUGAAGCAAUCUUUACUUUUCCAUUGGACUCUUCUUCUACCGUAGUUGAUUUCGCGGCUACUCUCGACGACCGAAAGAUCAAAGGGAAAGUGAAGGAGAAACAGGAAGCGAAAGAUACGUAUGAUGACGCAAUUGCAAGCGGUCAGUCUGCCUUUCUAAUGGAGUCCGAACGUGAAGAUAUCUUCACUGUGAGUGUGGGCAAUUUGCCCGCUCAGAAGAAGGCUGUAGUGACGCUGAAGUUCAUUAUGGAGCUGCAUACCGAACAUGAUGGCUCUGUCAAAUUCAAUUUGCCUUCCGUUCUCACUCCAAGGUACAGCAAGGCCGGAGAAGAAAAUCCAGCGAAAGAUGUUACUUAUCUUCCUGCUUCUGAGAUUCCCUACACUUUCAGUUUCAACGCUCGAAUUGAAACUGACGUGGAUAAAGUAGAAUCGAUCAGCCAUAAGCUGAAAGUCACUACAACUGUUGAUGAUGAAGGGUUCGAAGUGACCGAUGUAACUCUGGCUGAAGAACAUAAGUUUGACAAAGAUCUUGUUCUAACCAUAGCGCCUCGCAAUCUUCACAGGCCACAUGUCAUUGUAGAGGCAGGGAGUGAUCCUGAGGUCGAUCCUCCGUUGCUACAGAACCCAGCCAUCUCUUUGAAUUACUUUCCAGAUUUCAGCUCAGCCGAAUCUGUCAGUGAGCUGGUGUUUGUUAUUGAUAGAAGUGGUAGUAUGUCUGGAUCAUACAUCGCUGCUGCAAAAGAAACACUAAUGCUAUUUCUUAAAAGCAUCCCAGAUGGUUGCUUUUUCAACAUUGUAGGAUUUGGUUCUAGGUAUGAGUUUCUGUUUCCAGACAGUGUUCCAUAUGAUCAGACUCACCUUGAUAAGGCAUCACAGCAUACCCAAAGCAUCUUUGCUAACAUGGGAGGCACAGAAUUACUACGACCUCUCCAGAAAGUAUUUAGCAUGCCUUCAAAGAAUGGCCUUCCUAAGCAGGUGUUUGUUCUUACUGAUGGUGCUGUGUCUAAUACCAGUGCUGUUAUUAGAGAAGUGAAGAAGAAUGUUCAUGUAGCAAGGUGUUUUGCUGUCGGCAUUGGGUCUGGAGCAUCGACUGAAUUAGUGAAGGGUAUUGCUGUUUCUGGUAAUGGAUCUAGUGAAUUUAUUCAGACGGGAGAGAGAAUGCAACCAAAGGUGAUGCGAAUGCUGAAGAGAGCUUUGGCAGCAUCAAUUUCAGAUGUUUGCAUCGCAUGGUCUCUUCCUGAUGAUGCUCAUGUCAUUCAGACACCAACAAAGAUUCCUCCCGUGUUCAGUGGUGAUCGUUUGAUCAUCUAUGGACUUGUAGCCAAUGUGCCAUCAUCUGUGGUGCACAACUGCUCUGCAACGAUGAAAGGUGUUGUCAGUGGCAAUCCGUUUGAGCACAUGUUGUCAUUUUCACUCGAUGCACGAAGCGCUGCACCCAGCAUGGUUGUUCACCAGCUUGCCAUUAGGUCAGUCAUUAGUGAUCUCCAAGAAGACAGCACAGAUGAAGAUACAGAAAAGAAGUUAGGCAGGUUGUCAGUGAAACAUGGUGCAAUGGCACCAGAAUCAAGAGAGAAAUUAGUGGUGCAGCUCAGCACAGCAGCUAGUGUUGUGUGUAAGCAAACAGCAUUUAUUGCUGUAGAUGAUGAAAGCGAAGUGCCUGUGCAGGGCAGCAUGGAAGUGCAUCAUAUUCCUGUGGCAUCGUACCUAGGUGCACCUAGGGCAAUGGCUAAAAAAAGGAGAGCUGGAGACCUAGGUGUCUUUGGACUUUUAUGUAGUGGAAGUCAGGCUAAAAGAAGAGAAGUUAGAGCAGAAUCGAGGAGAGUUGAUGAUUAUGAAUCAAUAUCGUCUGUGUUUACUGCUGGUAGUAUACCACAACCACUGUGUGCUUCAUCAUUUGUACCACUACAACCACAACGACAUCCACAAGUACAACUACAGCAGCAACAACAGCUAACAAAAUGCUUGCUCGACGAUCAGAAUCAGAGUCAUCCUCAGAAUCAGGGAGACUUGCUGUCGUCAAUGUUAGUCAUUGUAUCACAGCAAAAGGCAUCAGGAGCUUGGACACUAGCUGCUGAGACUGCCCAGCUUAUCAAUAAAUCAAUGAAAGACUUGGAGAAUGCCUCACCGUUUCCUACUCCAGUGUCUGAAAUUCAGUCAUCUGUGUGGGUAACUGCUGUGAUAUUAGUCUGGUUGGAGAUGAAGUUUGAUGCUUAUAGAGAUGAAUGGGAACUGUUGGGAGAAAAGGCUAAAGGAUGGCUAACAAAGCAAGCAUUACCACAGGGAAUAACAUUGCAGUCUCUGCUAACUGAUGCCCGUAAAUUGUUUUAAUUCCUUCAAAUAUUUGGAGUGCAUUCUGUUAUGACUUCGAUAAUAUAUGUGCUAAUUGCGACAAGCUGUCUGCUGUCUGCUGAAAAAUUUCUUUUUUACUGGCUUUGUCUUGAAGUAAAUAUACAAACUACUGAGAUUUCGCACACCCUGAAGGUGUGCACUCUGUUACAAGAUUGUUUCCACUGUAGACAAUUGCAAUUGAGUAGCUACUAAUAAUACUUAGCCAACAUCUCAUAGUUUCAUGUGAUUGCUGAUCAUCACUACAGAAUUAUCGAGUCUCUAUACGAGAAUCAACUAACAAAUUAUAUUUACAAUAAAUUAUAAAAUUGUUAGCGUUUCAUGCACAACGCACGUCUUUACCUAGGCAGACGCUUACUUAGAAUGUCAGGGCUUAGCUCAAAGUAAGCGUCUACAUAUUUAUAGACGCAGCAAU